AUGUCCUAUUUGGUAUCAGCUUAUUGUUAUGACUAUGAAAGACUCAAUGAUCAAUCUCAACUUGCAACUGCCUCUACUAGAGUUGGACUAAAUUCUACAGCCUCUCAUUCUGCCGUGAUUGGUUUUAUUUUCAAAUUUAUGUUGCAAACUUCUAGCAAUUUGCAAUUGAAUUGUUUGGUAAACCAAGAGUUGGGAUGGGUUUGGUUCUGGUACCAUGUGAAGAAAUGGUGGUGUCUGUGCCCUCUUGAUAACACUGGUGAUCGGGCCAUCAUGCGCAUGCCUCAACUACUUCACCAAGUAUCUGCUAUCCUCCAACAGCACAGGGUCACAAUCAAUAGGAAAAGUAAGCUUUCAACUGCUCCUGAUAGGUUGAGCAUCUUCGGAUUGAAGAUACCUUACGCCAGGAGGGGGCUGAUGGUUCCAACAAUGAAAGUGAAAGCUUUUGGUUGCUUCAAAUGCAAGCUUUUCAAUCCAUGCAAGAAAAUACUAAGGUUGUUCAAGUUCAGACUCAGAAAGCCCCUCUUUAUAAGAAGACUUAGGUUUCGCCGUUCAGCACAUGAGACUGCAAGGCUAAGAAGAAGAGGGAGAGAGGAGGACCAAGUCAUGAAACUCGAGAGUUUCUCAGAAGUAGAACAUCACAACAAAGCAUCAGCACCAUUUCCAUCACCCCUCACUCCGGCUUACGUGAGAUUGAGUGCAGCAACUAGAAAAGAAGUGUCAGUUCAGGAUGAUGUAGAAGAUGCAUGCAGGAGCUUUGAGAAUUAUCUGGUGGAGAUGAUUGUGGAAGAGGGGAAAAUGCGGGAUUUGGCAGAUGUGGAAGAAUUGUUAUACUGUUGGAAGAAUCUCAAAAGUCCUGUCUUCAUUGAACUGGUGUGCAGAUUCUAUGGAGAGCUAUGCAGGGAUUUGUUUUCCAAUAACUACGAGGACAACAUUAACACCCCAAAGAGAAUCUUAAGAUGAAAUUGCUUUAUCUUACUGUUUGAGCACAGCUCAUGUCUUUACUUACAGCUUAUGUUGCACGGAUCCUACAAAUAUGCAUAGCUUUUGGAGGAUUCAACACACCCCUAGUGGUAUU